ACGGAACGACCGGAUAUCCUGCGAGGACCGACAGAACGUCGCAUCGACGGUCGCCACGGAAUUGGAAAGGUGGAGGAAUACGAAGGUUACGGUUCUACACGGAACGGCAACGUGUCGGUACCGGAAGUGACGGCGUCGAAACUGUCGGGAACCAAUACGAAGCCGUUCUCACAAUUGAGCCAGAACAAUCAUCGGGAGGAGAGCAGCUGGUGGGCGUCGGAGGAGGGCGGAGGUCAGGAGAUAAGUGAGCGUGAUAAGGGCGCAGCGGUGGCGGGUGAGCUGGCUUGCCUCGCGGGUUACAUGGCGGGGUACUUGAAGGCGGCGGGUGCCACUUGCACCCCGACCGGAAGUCCUCAGUACCACCCACACAGUCAUCCGGCAAUGGGGGUUGGAACUCAUCCACAUCCGCACUCUCACCCACAUCCAGGUGGACCUCAUCCUGGACUACCUUCACCGUUCGCCCUCGCAACACACGGUCAUCCGCAUCCUCAUCCGCUGGACCAUGGACUCGGAGCCUUUCCACAAGGAAUGAAUCAACGCAAACAGCGUCGAGAAAGGACGACGUUCACCAGAGCUCAACUGGACGUACUGGAAGGACUUUUCGGGAAAACGAGGUACCCAGACAUCUUCAUGCGAGAAGAGGUCGCUCUAAAGAUAAACCUGCCCGAGUCGAGAGUACAGGUAUGGUUCAAAAACCGUCGGGCAAAGUGCAGACAGCAACAGCAACAGCAGCAGCAACAACAGCAACAACAGCAACAGACCUCCCCGGCGAAGGGUUCACCGAGAUCGAAUCAGGCGCAAAGCAACAGCAACAACGCAAACAAAAUGUCGACGAGCACGUCGGCGACGCCCAGCAGGCGUUCAUCUCCAGUCUCCCCGCCGCGCGGCAAAGAGGCACCGGGCCCGAACUCGCCUCUCCUCUCGACGACGUCGACGUAUCCUCGUCUCGGCGUGACUCCAACCGGUGGCAGCGGCGCGAACAGCGCCCUUACAACACCGUCGCCGCCGUUGACCCCCGGUUCCAGCCAGUUACCACCGUCGUCUUAUCCACCUCCCAUGAACCAGAUUCAUCACGGCGAGUAUGGUUUCACUUGGAGUUCAGCGUCGCCCGGCUCGGUGAACCCGAACCAAUGUUACGCCGGGCAGACUUACAACGCCUACCAGAAUCCGUACACCAGCGGCGAUUAUUAUCAGACCCAGAUCUCGCAUAUGCAUCACAGCCCCCAAGGAAAUUACCACCAUCCUCAGUACCAUCACAAUAUGACGCUCACGUCCUCGGUGUCCCAUUUGACCCUGCAUCAUCAGAACCCAACGGGCACGAACGACAUGGCAGCCUCGCCCACCGACUCCGACGGUUAUAUACUUCCCGACCAAAAGUACCAGACGAUGGUAUAGCGGUCCAACAGGUCGUCCACCGGUUUAUUUCAUCGCGGCCAAGACGCCGCCACCGUUGCCGCCGCCGCCGCAGCAGCCGCGGCCGGAUCCUCCGCGGCUUAUCACUGGCGUCUGAACUCCGCGGCGAGUUGUCUCGAGAUCAACGGUAACAUCGAUUCCGACGAUAAUUGAUAAUAUAUAGGUGAACACGGUCAUUUUCUUCGGUCGAAUCGAUCCCCGGUUGACCAGCAACGAAGUUCGACGGUUCGGAUCGGCGCAUCGUUCUCGGUACCCCACCUCCCAGCGCGUGCGAAUCGCGCUGCGGUCCGAGCAGCCGUCGUCGCGAGCGUGAACUUCGAAUUGCGCAAACUCACGACGACUCGAACGUAAUAAAUCAAUCGCAAUCGGUUAUUUGCUUCGUCUUUAACGUCAAACUGUCCCUCUCUUUCUCCCAUUCGCGAGUACACUAGCAUCAUUUUGGAAUGUAGGAUGAUUGUGAAACGUUCGCGAUUUGAAUUUUCGAUGGUCAAUGUAAAUGUCGAUGAAGAUCGACGUCGAUUCUGUCAUCUUCGUUUACAGAGUGCCCGUCGAAAAGCUUUGAGUUGGAAACGGUUUCACGUCGACGACGCGACCCGCGAGAGAACGAAAACGUGUGUAAAUAAUGACGAGACUGAGAAAGCUGAUCUUACCAUAAUUUACGACACGUUCUUCGCUGUUUUCGUUUUGGUCGCGUGAAAGAUCACGAACACCGACAGAGCGGUACGCUAGGCGUGGCACGAUUGUGAUCCACGAUCACUGGAAAAUACGUAAAUACGAAUAGAUUAUUUUUAGCAAGGACUUUCAAUCGGUGGUAAGAAACGUACCACGUUGGACGACCAUUGUUCGACGAGUCAUUCACCGACAAAUGAUUGACUCGGUUCACGGCUCGGGUUAGGUUCCGUUUUUCCAAUUUUAUGUUCGAACACCGAAUGGAGAUAUACCUUAUUCUUCGAGUUCAAGCAUUUUUUUUUUUAGAAUUGACGCGCAACAAUCGUUUAUCGUAUAUCCGUUUUUUUUCCAGCGCGUAGCGUUCAAACAAUCAAACGUCUCGGCUCUGUAUCCACCAGAAUUAUACUCGAGAUUUUAUUCGCGGCACAUUUCAAAUCUUCAAAAUUCAAAGAAACUGUCGAUCGUUAGGCAAAUUGAAGAGAGUAGGAAAUAACCAGGACGCGUCGCGAUCGAUCGCAAGACGACCACCGUCGCGAGUUACUUCGUUUCCAGA